AUGAACAGGUUCUUCAACCAGCGGCAAAUCAUUUCGGAAAUUAUGCAGCUUUGGAAGGAUUCGUUAAAUGUGUCUUCUUUGGGGGCUGGCAGUGAGCUAGUCUUUGAUGACAAAGCUAUUGAUGUUUUUAGCAUAGUAUUGAUGAAGAUUCACACCAGCUUUAAUACAUUAUGUCUGAGUAAAAUCGAACACAUUCCAUCCAUCUCCCUCACGCAGAUGAGGACAGGCUUAGGGGCUCAGAAAAGAACAGAACAUCUCUGUUUGGAUAGGUUUGAUUUUGCAAGACUUGGCUUAUGGAGUUGUUCUCUUUGGCAGCAUACCUAUAACUUUGCAAGUGCUAACAGUGGCGGUGUGGUUCCUAGCUGUGGAAGUUCUGUUCAAUUGGAUAAACUUACCCAAAAGAUGGAUAAUUCAAAUUGGAUAGGUUUGAUUUUGCAAGACUUGGCUUAUGGAGUUGUUCUCUUUGGCAGCAUACCUAUAACUUUGCAAGUGCUAACAGUGGCGGGCAGAGCUAGUCCCAGAGCUCAGGAGCCAGCUGAAGCUAAAGCCAAUCAGACCUCUUUGACGGGAGCAGAAGCCAAGGGGACUAUGCAGUGUGUGCUGGAGACACUGCGGGAAACAGGGAUGAGGAUCCUGUUCGCUGAUCCUUCCAGUUAUUAUGAUCCAACAUCUCAAUGUCACAUCAAUGAUGUAAGGUUCUCUGAAUUCGAUUCUGCUUGUGGCAUUGACAGUUCUUGUUAUAAAAUUACCAUAUGCAAUCUUACUAGAAGAUACAGAAAGAUUCAAAGAUUGCAAAAGCAGGCCUAUAGGAGGUUUCCCCCGCGCCAAAUCAAACGCUCCUGCUCCGUAAAGCACUCUGCAAGACCACACAGAACUCCGGUCCCAGCUGUCCUGAACCUCGGGAGGAAGCCCGGCUGCAGCUUCACCAGACUCGUUCCACAUCCGCUCGCCGCACCUGGACGCCCGCGGCGCGCGACCCCCGGCCGUGACGUCAUCGCACCUGGCACCAGGGGCGGGGGCCGCGAGGAGAGUGGGGGCGGACCAGGGAGAACAAGGGCGUUCUCGCGAGACUUGCUUCCUCCCGGCCGCGCUCCCGCACCUUCCCGGCCUCUGUUCGGGUCUCCACCUCAAUCGUCGCCGUCGCGUUCUACGACGGCGGGUGCAGAGGGAGCGGCGAGGGCCGGGCUCCGAGGCUGGGUGGGCGCUCGGGAAAUGGGUCGGAGGGCUCGCGAGCGCUUCUUUCUGCGCUCCCCUCUCCUCGCUUUCCCACGCCCGCAAGGUGCGGGGCACGGGGCGCGGGGGCGCCACCACCUCUCCUCGCCGAGCUUCCCUGCCUUCCCAGCCCCUUCCUUCCCUGCCCCCUCCUGCUGGGUGGGGGAGGGUGGUCGGAAAAAACUUGACGAAAGCAAGUGUGUUGGCACUGAAACGUUAAAUCUCCUGAGGACCGGGUUUGCGUUUGAUAAGGAUUUCAGUGUUGAACUCUUUGAGGAGCUGUUUCCUGUUUGGAUCGACUACAUUGUGGAGUAUGACUAUGAUGCUGUACAUGAUGAUGAAUUAACUAUUCGAGUUGGAGAGAUAAUCAGGAAUGUGAAAAAACUGCAGGAGGAAGGAUGGCUGGAAGGGGAACUAAAUGGGAGAAGAGGAAUGUUCCCUGAUAAUUUUGUUAAGCCACCUGGGAAGGUCCUAGAUUUGCCUCCUAGGAUCUCCUUAUGUAUGCUGGGCAUGUACUUGUUCAUGUCUGGGAUCCUGGCUGGUUUCGACUACAUUGUGGAGUAUGACUAUGAUGCUGUACAUGAUGAUGAAUUAACUAUUCGAGUUGGAGAGAUAAUCAGGAAUGUGAAAAAACUGCAGGAGGAAGGAUGGCUGGAAGGGGAACUAAAUGGGAGAAGAGGAAUGUUCCCUGAUAAUUUUGUUAAGGAAAUUAAACGAGAGACAGAAUCUAAGGAUGACAAUUUGCCCAUCAAACGGGAAAGGCAUGGGAAUGUAGCAAGUCUUGUACAACGGAUAAGCACCUAUGGACUUCCAGAAAUUAAACGAGAGACAGAAUCUAAGGAUGACAAUUUGCCCAUCAAACGGGAAAGGCAUGGGAAUGUAGCAAGUCUUGUACAACGGAUAAGCACCUAUGGACUUCCAGAAAUUAAACGAGAGACAGAAUCUAAGGAUGACAAUUUGCCCAUCAAACGGGAAAGGCAUGGGAAUGUAGCAAGUCUUGUACAACGGAUAAGCACCUAUGGACUUCCAGUUGGAGGAAUUCAGCCACAUCCACAAACCAAAAACCUUAAGAAAAAGACUAAGAAGCGGCAGUGUAGAGUUCUUUUUGAAUACAUUCCACAAAAUGAAGAUGAACUGGAGCUGAAAGUGGGAGAUGUUAUUGAUAUUAAUGAAGAGGUAGAAGAAGGCUGGUGGAGUGGAACCCUGAACAACAAAUUGGGACUGUUUCCCUCAAAUUUUGUGAAAGAAUUAGAGUUAACAGAUGAUGGCGAAACUCAUGAAGCCCAGGAGGAUUCAGAAACUGUUUUGACUGGACCUACCUCACCUUUACCCUCUCCGGGGGGAAAUGGAAAUGAAAUUGCACCUGGAUCAGUUACACAGCCAAAGAAAAUACGAGGAAUUGGAUUUGGAGAUAUUUUUAAAGAAGGCUCUGUGAAACUUAGGACAAGAACAUCCAGUGGUGAAACAGAAGAGAAAAAAACAGAAAAGCCCUUAAUCACGCAAUCACUAGGAUCCAGAACUCAGAGUGUGGAAAUAACCAAAACAGACACUGAAGCUAGGGAAUAUUGUAGAACAUUAUUUGCCUAUGAAGGUACUAAUGAAGAUGAACUUACUUUUCAAGAGGGAGAGAUAAUCCACUUGAUAAGCAAGGAGACUGGAGAACCUGGCUGGUGGAAGGGCGAACUUAAUGGUAAAGAAGGAGUAUUUCCAGACAAUUUUGCUGUUCAGAUCAAUGAAAUGGAUAAAGACUUUCCAAAACCAAAGAAACCUCCACCUCCUGCUAAGGGUCCAGCUCCAAAGCCCGAUCUGAUAAAUGCAGAGAAGAAAUAUUUUUCUUUUAAGCCUGAAGAAAAAGAUGAAAAAUCAGUGCUUGAACAGAAACCUUCUAAACCAGCAGCUCCACAAGUCCCACCCAAGAAACCUACUCCACCCACCAAAGCCAAUAAUUUAUUGAGAUCUUUAGGAAGUGUGUACCCAAAGCGACCUGAAAAACCAGUUCCUCCACCACCUCCUGUAGCCAAGAUUAAUGGGGAAGUUUCUACCAUUUCAUCAAAAUUUGAAACUGAGCCAAUGUUGAAACCAAAGUUAGAUUCUGAACAGUUGCCACUUAGACCAAAAUCAGUAGACCUUGAUUCAUUUAUAAGGAGCUCUAAGGAAACAGAUGUUGUAAAUUUUGAUGACAUAGCUUCCUCAGAAAACUUGCUACAUCUUACUGCAAAUAGACCAAAAAUGCCUGGAAGGAGAUUGCCUGGCCGCUUCAAUGGUGGACAUUCUCCAACUCAGAGUCCAGAAAAAAUCUUGAAGUUACCCAAAGAUGAAGAUAGUGCCAACAUAAAAUCAUCUGAAUUUAAAAAGGAUACAUGCUACCCUUCAAAGCCAUCUGUGUAUCUUUCAACAUCUUCAAGUGCUUCUAAAGCAAAUACAUCUGCUUUCCCAACUCCGGUAGAAGUCAAAGCUAAAAUAGAAACAGAUGAUGGGAAAAAAAAUUCCCUUGAUGAACUUAGAGCCCAAAUUAUUGAACUGCUGUGCAUCGUAGAAGCAAUGAAAAAGGAUCAUGGGAAAGAACUGGAAAGACUACGAAAAGAUUUGGAAGAAGAAAAGGCCCUGAGAAGUAAUCUAGAGGUGGAAAUAGAGAAGCUGAAGAAAGCUGUCCUGUCUUGAGGUGGCGUAGAUCCAGUGUUCCUAAUGUUCCAGGGAUUCAGAAGCAACACUAUGAACUUCAGCUAACUUGUUACUUAAAAAUAACAAAUGCUGGUGUCGUAAUUAACAUGACUAUAUGAACUAUAAUUAAUCUUAGAAAAGCAGGGGGAGGGUAAAUUUUUUUUAUAUAUUUUGUUUUGCCAAUAUAAAAAAAAGAGGCCUUAUUUCUUACUGUGCUGGGAUUGCAAACAUUUAUUUUUGUUUGCUUGAGACUACUACUGAAUCUGUAUAAAAAGGAAAGAAAGUUCACAAUAGUUUUUUUAUUAAAACUUGUAUUAUUUUUAAAGAGAUCUAUACUAUAAAUAUGGUGAUAUCUUUACAAGCAAUCUGUAAGAUAAACUAUUUGAGAGGGAUGAAUUAUAAUAACUACUAUAGUCACUGCUUUUCCCAUAAUACAUAAGGGAUAUAAACUCUGUGUGUGUGUGUGUGUGUGUGUGUGUGUGAGUAUGUGUGUAUAUAUAUAUAUGUGUGUGUGUGUGUGUGUGUAUGUAUAUAUACACACACAUAUAAAUAUAUUUUUACUUUUAGCUUCUUACCCAGGAUUACACUGUUGUGCCUGUUUGUCUGCAGUGCUGUUUAUAUUUUGGGUGAUACAAUAGGAGUUUCCUAUCUGUAAACUAGAUUACUCACCCAUGCAUAUAGUAAUACCAGAUGAAAUAAUCAAAAUGAUUUCUUCAACUUUUAGAGUAUUUUAUAUUGCUUGCACUAUAGGAUUCAUAAAAGAAAUUUAAUUAAAAUAUAUUGGAUUAUUAAAAAUACUUGGGAAAAUAUGAACUUUAUUUUAAAUUCGUUAGGUCUAAGGAAAUCUAAAAAUGUCAAUUUAACCCUCAUUGUGCCUAGAAACUACAGCACAUAAGACAUGUAAACACCAGCCUUAUGGUAUUUUUUUUCUGCUUAUUUUACAUCCUCAAAUAUUCCUCAUUUUAUUAUCUUGUGAUAGUUAUUCAUGAUCCUCCCUCUGAUUUUUAUUAAUAUUAGGAAAACAAAAUCCAGACUUUUUAGAACUUCAGCAUACGAUAUUCAUACUUUGACAGUUAUCAUGUAAAUACUCAGGUUUUACAAUGUAUGAUUUGCCCAGUAGACCAAACUAAAAAAAUGUGGAGAUGUUUUGUGGUUAUUUAGGUACCACCUUUGUAAAGCGUGUUAGUAUAUAAUAAAACAUAACAUUACAGUUUAUUUAAAACCAAAUAUUCAAAAUACAUUUUCACAGAUUCGAUGGAUUAGCAGUUUCCUCAGAAUCACUUAUGAAUAAACAUUUUAAAAUGUUUUAUCUAUAGGUGAUAUCUUUACAAACACAUGUGGGUUUAUUUAAAAUUUUUAAAUGACUUUUUUUGAAUGAAAAACAGAUUGUAAGCUUUAUUAUAGCAAAUGAGUGUCAGAUUUUGUCACACUUUCAUUCUUUUGUUGUUUUAAGCCACCAAACCAAUAUUUUCCCUUUAUGUUUGAAUCUUUUUACUGAAAUCCUGUGUAAAUGAGAUUUUGUCAUGUUUCAAAUGAAAGAAAACUGAAAUAGAAAAUAAUAUAAAUGUCAGUGCACAAUUACUUAAUGUUUAAUUGACAACUUAGGGCUUUGGAGAAGGCUAAUUGUGCAUUGAGCGUGUACAUUUUAACUCUAAACUUAAAGUCUUUGGACUCUUCUAAUUAGGUCACUACUGAACCAGAUCAUUCACUCCUGUUUUUAGAUGAGUAGUAGUUAAAUGAAUUAUUUUCUGCUUAUUAAAUAAAUGAGAUCUGUCUUUCUUUUAAUGGCAGCCUGUAGGUAAAAAUAAAAGCAUUGUAUCCUCAGAAUCAUUCUUCUGCUUUAUCAUUGGAAAAUCUAUUAAAAGUGAUCCUUCUCUACUCUUAACAGUGGUGGGGAAGGUUCCAGCAGAUUUCAGGCUAUUUGUAAGGAUUUUGUUCAUUUGUUCACUAGUACAUGGGAUCAAAGUGGUCAUGAGUGCUAAAAUACAUCUAAAGAAUGUGCUUGUGUUCUUCUCAGAAUAGAAAAGUACUUGAAGUGCUGUGUGUCUACUUUUAUGCCCAUGACAAAAUAUUAAAGAAAACCAAACAAAAGGAAAGUGAUUGCUUUAACAUAGCAAGUUACCAGUAUUUGCUCUUGAUAUGGGAACUUUUAUUAAUUUCUGUUCCUAAUAGUCAUAUCACAAAAUGAUAUGUAAUAGCCUUUUAAUUUUUUUUUCUGUAGGUGGGUAUCAGUUAUAGACUAAAGUUACAAACAGCGUGGGAUCUGUCUUUGCCAAAUUAUUAGUUGAAUAUAUAGUUCAAGUUUGCUCUUCUUUGCAACACAUAAUAUUGCUGAUUUUGUAAUUGUAUUUGUUUUAUUUUGGUGGCCAUUAAGCGUCUGUUUUUGUUGUAAAGCUGUUACUUCUUUACAGAAUUUGUUUUAAAGAUGCAAAGAGAACGAGUCUUGUGUAACAGAGGAUUCUCUUUAUAUUACUAUGAUCAUAGAAAAAAACAAUCCAAGUGUUCUCUAGAUUUUUGAUAAACAUUUUAUGCUUGCAUUGAAACUUGAAAUGUAUGAGCAGAAUGAGACAAUCAAUUAAAAUCCGAGAUACGAA